GUUUUUCAUUUUAAAACUAAUGAAGCGCGUGAGUAGAAAUUAAAAUAAGAAUAAAAGAACACAGAAAGGGAAGCAAGCGUGAAGGAAACGCAUCCUAAACCGCGGGAUUAAACCUCGGAAUUCAGAAACUGACAAAACAAACCCAUUUGAGAAUUGAGAUUUCGUGUCUCGUUUCUCAAGAAAUUUCAGUAAUUUAGUGAAGCUAGCAAACCAAGAAAAAAGGUCUCUGUUUCUACUUCUCCCUCCGCAGAGCAUAUGCUAGCUGUUACUACUUCCCUUUUCAGACCAAUGUGAUAAAUAUACUAUUUCCAUCCACAAAAUCAAAAACCCUAUCUCUAUCUCCAUAUAUAUACAUAUAUACAUAUAUAGGUAGUGUUGAUGGCGGUGACAAUGCAUGUGAAAUCGGACUCGGAGGUGACCAGCAUUGACGCGUCGUCGCCGCCGCGGUCUCCACGGCGGCCGUUGUACUACGUGCAGAGUCCGUCGCAGAACGAUGUGGAGAAGAUGUCUUACGGGUCGAGUCCGUUGGCGUCUCCCACCCCCAACUACCACUACCACUGCUCGCCGAUUCAACACUCGCGCGAGUCCUCCACCUCCCGAUUCUCCGCCUCCCUCAAAAACCCUAAUAGCAGACACCUUGCGACGUGGAAGAGGAUUCAGCCGAGGCACGACGGCGACGAAGGCGAAGACGACGACGACAGCGACGGCGAGAACAACGAGAAACACUUGAGAUUCUAUGUGCUGUGCUUCGUCUUGUCAUUUGUGGUGCUGUUUACCAUCUUUUCUUUGAUUUUGUGGGCUGCGAGCGUCCCUUACAAGCCCAAAAUCUUUGUCAAGAACACGGUGUUCGAGACUUUUAAUAUUCAAGCGGGAAUGGAUGGGACAGGAGUGCAGACCGAUAUGCUGACUUUGAAUUCGACGGUGAAGAUCUUUUUCAGGAACCCAGCCACAUUCUUUGGGGUCCAUGUCACAGCUACCCCUCUUGAACUUCAUUAUUACCAGCUCAAGGUCGCUUCUGGACAUGUGAAAAAGUUUUAUCAGUCAAGGAAGAGUCAGCGGAUGGUAGUAGCAGUGGUUCUAGGGAAUCAAGUCCCACUGUAUGGUGGUGUUCCAUUCCUUAAUGGUGCAAAAGACCACCUUGGGAGUGUAUCAGUGCCACUGAAUCUGACGUUUGUGAUGAGAUCAAGGGCCUAUGUCUUGGGAAGACUUGUAAAGCCAAAGUUCUACAGGAGAAUCCGCUGUGGAUUUACUUUUAAAAUCAACCGAUUAGGCAAGCCUCUCAAUUUGACGAAGUCUUGUAUCUAUGAGUGAGGUUCUACCUCUUUCUGGAUACAUCUCUAACAUCUGUUUAACUGUUAACUAUACUGCUUUAUUCUUUAGUUGCAAUUACCUCUUAAACAUUUUACACGUCGUUUUUGAUGCUUUUGAUAGC